AUUAAAAGCUUAAAUCAAAAAUAAAAAAUAAUUUCGAUAUCUUUAAGUUCAUCAACAUUUUCGCACAUUUUCAGUUUUUUCAUACAUUCUGACAUAAUGUUGUUUGUCGGACAAUGAACGGUGCAUUGUGAAGAAUCCGUGAGCAAUCCAAACCAAGCGACAUUUUGAUUAUUAUUCCAUUGUAUUGCCAUGUCAGUCAAUAUUGUUUGUGUAUUAUAAAUAAUUGCGGGUUACGUCGUAGUGAUGCGUUGUAAAUAAAUAAUGUUCGAGGAAUAGAACGUUCCUACCCGAUUCGUAUACGUGGGCAAUAAUUCGCGUUUGAGUUUUCAGUAAUGUAUCACUGUUGGGACGCGUAACUGUUCUGAAAGUGGUACAGGUAGUGUAAGGAGGGCGUCUAGUGUUUUUUUUACGUGUUUUUCGGGGUUUGACGGCGGUAUGGCUGUGCCCGAACAGUUCUCGCUGCGAUGGAACGAUUUCCACUCGAAUUUAUCACAAUCGUUUCACGCCUUGCUGGAAGGCGAGGACCUGGUGGACGUGACCCUGGCAGCCGGCGGGCAGUACGUGCACGCGCACAAGCUCAUCCUCUCAGUAUGCAGCCCCUACUUCAAGGAACUCUUUAAG